AUGAGGGUGAAGGGGGGCUCGGUGCUCUCGAUAAAGCUCGACUUGCUCCAGCCUGCUACCAGCACAUCGGACAAAUCGCGGGGCUGGAAAAUUUUCUCGCUUUCGGAUCGCCGGAGGCUUUCAACCGGGUGUGCUCGGAUUCUCUCAGCCGCUGAAAGAGCUCGACCUCGGUUGCUCGGAACCCCGUUGCUGCUGCUAAAACAAAAAGGCUCGUCGCCGAGUGCUGCUAGGCCCGCCGCGAAUGGUCAGGUCCUCGGAAAUCUGAUCCAACCGACGCUGCCUGCUCUCGGUCAGACGCCUGGGACUCGGCGGAAAUCUCGUGGCUUUAGGGUUUCACCUUGGAGAGGAAACGGAAAACCUGCGCUACAGAAGCUACCGAAGAGCUUGAACUCGUACAAUAAACUGAGGGGACGGGUCAUGCCGCCUGAAGGUCGCCUAAAUUUCCUCGUCUCCGCUUAA